UAUUAUACGUUGUCGAAGACGUAAAACGUGUGCAUUGGAUCUUUGUUGCUUCUCUGCAGGUUUUGUAUAGCAUGCAGAAGCGUUUCUAUUAACUACGAAUAUCCACUCUUUUCCAAAAGUAAUUUGCUAAAUUCUCAAUUCUUUAGUCUAAAUCGAAUUUUGCUGUGACAAAGAAUUGUAGCAAUGAGCGAGAAGGAGGUUCUCCUGACCCAAAUUACUGCCCAGGGAGACGUCGUCCGUAAGCUGAAGUCUGCCGCCGCAGAAAAAUCUCAGUAAACGAAUCGUAAAAGUACAAGUCAAUCACCUAUUGCAAAAUCGAAAAGAAAGCCACCGAAUACGAAUAGACAAAUAACAAGGAAAAAAAACUCAUCACCGGCCCUCGACACGCACGGCGACGAAAAUCAAUUUUUGGUGUGGAAGCGGAAGCGUAAAGCAUAAAAGUCGCACAACAAACCUUCUUGUUGUUUAGAGUGAAGAAUAUAGCCAAAUUUUUUCCAUUAAAAAAAAAACCGCAACGAUGCUUCGUCAGGUACGCCUCAGCUACAUUCCUAUGACACUGUUCCGCUCGACCGGGAUCGCGACAAAGCUCGAUCGCAGUUACUUCCCGGUUGCUGCGCGAGUAAGUUCUCAAGCGCCAACCGCAAGCCAUGCGUCUCACGCAAACUGUCGCUUCUGUUGCUCGACGCGGGCGCAACAAUAUGAACCCGAUGGCGACCACAUUGCAAAGAUCGACGAGGAAGUCGCCAAACUGUUAGCCUUGAAGGCACAGCUGAAAGAUUUGAACGAUGGUGGCGCACCGGAACCGGGCAAUAAAAACCUGGUCCUUAAAACUCCGAAAGGUACCCGGGAUUAUGGGCCGGAAUCGAUGGCAUUACGACAACGGAUUUUCGACAAGGUAAUUGCGGUGUUCAAAAAGCAUGGUGCAGAGACAAUCGACACACCGGUGUUCGAACUGAAAGAGGUGCUCACGGGAAAGUACGGAGAGGAUAGCAAGCUGAUCUAUGACUUGAAGGAUCAGGGUGGCGAGAUUUUGGCGCUGCGCUAUGACCUGACGGUGCCGUUUGCGCGUUACGUUGGAAUGGGUAACGUGUUCAACAUUCGAAGGUACCACAUUGCGAAGGUCUACCGGAGAGAUAACCCGGCUAUGACGAAAGGGCGCUACCGGGAGUUCUAUCAGUGCGAUUUUGAUAUCGCCGGUUCGUACGAUCCGAUGCUGCCGGAUGCCGAGUGCGUUAAGGUGGUAGUAGAAAUUUUAACCGAGCUGGAUGUUGGAGAGUUCGUUGUCAAACUAAAUAAUCGAAAGCUGUUGGAUGGGAUGUUCGAAGCUUGCGGUGUGCCGGCUGACAAGUUCCGGACAAUUUGCUCGUCGGUCGACAAACUGGACAAAACUCCCUGGGAAGAAGUGCGGAAAGAAAUGAUUGACGAAAAGGGUUUGGAGGACUCGAUCGCUAACCGGAUCGGGGAGUAUGUCCGCAUGAGCGGAGGAAUCGAACUGGUGGAUAAACUGGCAGAGGACGAGAAUCUUAAGAAAAUUCAGUCCGCAUCGGAAGGCAUCGCUGAAAUGCGCCUACUACUGCAGUAUUGUGAGAUAUUCGGAUUGAAAAACAAUAUCAUUUUCGAUUUGAGCUUAGCGCGAGGGCUAGACUACUACACUGGAGUGAUCUACGAAGCUGUUCUGAAGUCGGAACCGGUCACACCUGGAGGUGCUGCAACAAGGCACAGUAAAGACGAGGAAGUUAGCGUCGGGUCAGUCGCUGGUGGUGGCCGAUAUGAUAACCUAGUCGGCAUGUUUAACCCGAAACGAAAACAAGUUCCUUGUGUGGGGGUUUCAAUCGGAGUGGAAAGAAUUUUCUCGAUUCUGGAGGCAAAAACUCAGCAAAAAGUACGCACGACAGAGGUAGAAGUUUACGUCGCUUCCGCCCACAAAGGAUUACUGCUGAAGCGGAUGGAGAUUCUUGCUAAGCUUUGGGAUGCUGGUUUUAAGGCGGAACAUUCUUACAAACAAAAUCCGAAGCUGCUCGCACAGCUUCAAUACUGUGAAGAGAACCAAAUUCCGUACGCGAUUGUGCUAGGCGAUGGAGAGCUUUCACGAGGGGUAAUCAAAUUAAGAGAAAUCAAGAGUCGCAACGAAACCGAAAUUCCACUGGAAACGCUAACAGAUGAACUUCGUAAUCGCUUGUCACUUUCCUAAUUGCUGGCAUCGGCGCAUCACAUCAUUGUCGUAUUUUAGUUAUAUUCAGUUUUACGAGAUUCUGCUAGUGUGGAUUUGAAAUGCAAUCACUAUAAUUCUAAUAACUUAUUACCAAAUGCAAUAUCUUAAAACUGCUCCACUAUACGACAAAUAAAUGUUUGCUAAGCAGCAAA